AUGAGUGCUUUUCCUAACGAUCUUCAGUUUGUAAGUGAAUUUGCUCAACAAGAUAUUUUGGCUCGCGGUCCUCAACACGAAACCGCUACACAAAAGACUGAGUCUAUUGUCAAAACAGAAGAAACAAAGAUAGAAACCAAUACUGCGAGCACAAAUGUACAAGUCGAAAAUGAACCUAAAGUUGAAAUUGAACAUGACAUUAAACCUGAACAGAUGGAUGUAGAGGAUUCCAUUGAUAACGCAAUUGCUGGUAAAAAGACAAAAGAAGGCUAUGAAAGUAGCGACCUUGACCUUUCUUCAGAUGAAAGUGAUUCAGAAGAGGAAGAAGAGGAAGAAGAGGAAGAAGAGAAAAUGACUGAUAAUAGAGGUACCAAGCGAUCGAAGAUGGAUUUGGAUGAUUUUGAAGACGAUGGAUUACUUGCAGAUGGCAUUGUCAAGACUGCACAUGAAAUCACUGACUUCACUAUUGAAAAGCCUCAGUUUGAAAUUACACCAGACACACCCUUGGUUUUGGCAGGCAACGUCUAUCAUGUCAUUGAUAAUGUGGUGGUUGUUCAUUGUCGCCCUGGAUCUGAAUUCAGUACUUUAGAUCAAGGCUCUUUAUUGGUCUUUGAGAACAGACAAGUAUUGGGUGAAGUAUUUGAGACAUUUGGUCCUGUUGCUCGACCUUAUUAUUCUAUACGGUUCAAUACUGCUCAAGAAAUUGAUAUGGCAUUGACUGUUGUGGGCGCCCCCGUCUUUUUUGUGCCCAGCUAUCAAAAGACACAGAUUGUUGAAGUCGAAGCACUGAAAAAGAUUAAAGGAAGUGAUGCUAGUAAUAUGUAUGACGAAGAAGUAGAAGAAGAAGAAAUGGAAUUCUCGGACGAUGAAAAAGAAUUAGAAUACAAGCGACAAAGGAAUCAAGCAAAAAAGAUGAAAAAGAAAAAUGCAAGAGGAACACCUAACAAGCAAACGCAUGGACCACCUCUCAGAAGAAUGCCUGUGGAUGACUUCAAUACAGCAUUAGACAAUUACCCAAUGCCUCCUCGUCAACAACAAAGCUAUGAAGAUUUGUUGGAUGAAUACACAGGCACUCGUCCUCAACAACAGCAACAGCAACAGCAACAACAAGCAUACCAAAGUCCAGAGCAAUUAGUAUCUGCUCUUUACCAAAACAAUCAACAACCACGUCCAAAAAAUCUAAUGUCAAUUUUUGGUCAAGCACCUCCACCUAUUUCUGAACUAGAACGUCAAGAAAAAGAAUCCAUGUAA